AAGAGGUGGAGGUGUUAAAAACUGACUCGAUCUAUCCAAUUUGAUCUAAUCUUUAAGAAUUAAAGAAAAAAAACCAAAUAAACAAACUCAUUUAAAUUAUAUAGAUACAGUAAUUUAACACGACUCAUCUUUAGUAGCAACUCAACCCGACAUUAUCAAUUCCGAUCCAAGUACCCAAUUUGACACAUUUAAAAUGAAAUACUCUAAACAUUUGGACUUUUGGAGUUUAGCUAAGGUAAAAAACUUCUCAAUUUGAUUUGGUUAGGGGGAACUUCAACUUCUUCCCACAUAACGCCACCUUCCACCGAUACUGUUUCAAGUUUCAACUCAUCAAAGUUUCUCAAACCAUCAUCCUUUUUUUCUUGCAUUGCCUUUUUGACGAAUUUUCUGUAGAAACAUUCAAAUCGAUUUCAUACCAAUAUCUCACCCAGUUGUUUUUCGGUGAUCUUGUCAUAUUGUUGAAUUUGUGUGAUAAAUGGAUGAUGAAACAGCUCCAGAUUUACUUAGUGAUCUGCCACUUAGCAUAAUUGAGAUUAUCCUUUGCUUACUGCCUAUUAGAGAUGCUGUUAGAAUGAGCACAUUGUCAACUAAAUGGAGGUAUAGAUGGGCAAACCUUCCACAGCUUAAUUUCUGUGACAAAUGUGUCAGUCCUGUUCCGGACAAGUCGGUAGUUGAAAACAAGCUUAUAAAGUUUAUUACCCAUGCCCUUUUUCUCCACAAAGGCCCCAUUCAUAAGUUUAAGAUUUGUACUUCGAUCCUGCAAAGUUGCCCUGAUAUUGAUCAGUGGCUACUUUUCCUCUCGAGGAAUGAUGUUAGAGAGCUCACCCUUGAAUUGAGUGAUGGUGAGUGGUUCAGGGUGCCAACUUGUCUGUUUUCUUUCAAGAAAUUGACUCUUUUGGAGCUUUGUCGAUGUGAAUUGGAUCCUCCACCUGGGUUUACAGGGUUUCUAUGCUUGCGUAUCUUGACACUCAAUCAAGUUUUGGUGACACCUGAAGCAAUUGAAAGCCUAAUUACUAGCUGUCCUCUACUUGAGAGUUUAACAUUGUCAUACUAUGAUGGUUUGGACUUGAAUGUCAAUGCCUCUAAUCUUAAGUACUUGCACCUAGAAGGUGAAUUCAAAGAUUUAUGCCUCGAAAAUACCCCAAUGCUGGAAGAAGUUUCUAUCUCUUUGUAUAUGAACACAGAUGAAAUUCAGGAGCAUUUUGAGCAACUUUCAGGUUGCAAUUUCGUCCAGUUUCUUGGUGGUGUACCCAAUCUCAAAAGGCUAGCUGGACAUGUCUACUUUACGAAGUAUUUAAGCAUAGGCAUUGAGCAGUGGACACCAUCACUGACUUACAGCCAUCUAAAGAUCAUUGAAUUAAACCAAGUAAGUUUUGAGGACAUGAAAGAGUUACUGGUUGUUCUUCGCCUGAUUACAAACUCCCCAAACUUGCAGGAGCUUCAGAUCUCUGGUUCAUCAAACACAAAUGUCAUACUGGAUGCACCUAACUUAGACUUUUGGGGGACUGAAUGUCCUCCAGAUUGCACAUUCAAACAGUUGAAAACCGUGAAGAUGACAGAUAUGUAUGGAGUGCCUCAUGAGAUGGAAUUGAUAAAAUUUUUACUGGGGAACUCUCCAGCUCUUGAAAAGAUGAGUAUAGUGCCCUGUAUAUAUGUUACAGAGUUAAAAGUGGAUAUGCUGGUAGAAUUGGUAAGACUGCGACGAGCCUCUCCUCUAGCUGAAAUUCAGUUUAUCCAAGAAUGAAUAUUGUGCAUUUUUAUAAUGCAUUCCCUCAGAAUAUAAGGUACACCAUGAAGCCAAUUUAAUUCAUUCCCUCACAAUAAAAAAAAAAAUUCCAUGAAACCAUUCUUUUUCAAAACAACAUGUAUGAAAUUCUCUGCAUUGCAUGUAAAUUUAUAUGAAAGUGCAAACUGUGGAUGAAUAAUUUCUCCCAAAAAAAUUUAAGUUUGAAUGUGCAUCAUUUCUUAUUACAGUAAUCUGAUAUACUGUAAAUCCGUAGACUAUGUAACUGCAAAGAUAGAAUUAUCAUGGGAAAAUUGAGGUUGCUUUGCAUUUUUGCUCAAUCCAUAAUAAUAUCUUAUUAAUCGUGUUCGAGUUGUUUUAGAUGUUACUGACUUUCAAAGUUCUCAGACCUUGAUUGUACUACCCCCAUUUUUAACUAAUGGUUGCGGUUUGUUAUUUUGGCUGUUCAAAAUAAUGGUUACACUUACACAUUAUCUUAUUAUUUCUUUCUUAACUUUUCCCAACUUACUUCAUACGAAAGUAUUAUACGGAGGAAUUCUUUUUCUUACAAUAUCCCCCCAUUAUACAUUGUUUUUCCUUCAUUUUCAUAUAUUAUGCCCCUUUUGUUCGCUGCUAUCCUGUUGGGUCGACCUGAAAAUUACCAUGUUUUG